AAGGGGUCUCAACUGAUGUAACGCUUAUUGUGAACACAUUGUUGUCAACAAACAAAUCAAUAGUUAUAUCAAUCGUAGACUCAAUUGACCGCCAAUUUUAUCGAUUGGCCACAAGUUGGUCACCAAUUGGCUAAUCAAAUGGAUAUCAACGAUGUCCUCAAUUACACGCCGCUGACUACCGACGCCGUAGAUCUUAAUGGACGAGACCGUCAUUCAGGUGAAGCUAAUUCGGCCAAACGGCCAAAAUUGUCGGACGAUGUGACCGAUCAACACAUGUUGGACGUGACGGCAGACUCAGUUGAGGCCGAAGUGGACGAAACGGCACUCAAACGACUUUUACUACAAUUUGAGCGUAAAGUGCUUAAGAAUCAAGAAUUGCGGAUCAAAUUUGGUGACAAUCCACAGAAAUUUAUGGAUUCAGAAAUGGAAUUAUUUGAUGGGAUUCAAUGCAUUCAUGUCUUGAGUACUCAACCACAACAGUAUCACAUCAUUGUUGAACUGAAUAUCAUUCCCACACUUCUCGGACUUUUAUCGCACGACAAUACAGAUAUCUCAUGUGCUGUUGUGGCACUUCUUCAAGAAUUAACAGAUUUGGAUGAUAUUCAAGAACUAAACGAUGUCAGUCUUCUUCUCGACGAAUUACUUAACGGUCAAGUGAUUGCAUUAUUGGUGACAAAUAUGGAGCGAUUGGAUGAAACAGUUAAAGCAGAAGCCGAAGGAGUUUAUAAUUCUUUAGCAAUUAUUGAAAAUUUGACUGAUUUUAAGCCAAACCUAAGCGAUUGUCAAUCUUUAAUUGUCUGGAUUUUGAAACGAUUUAAAGCUAAGCUACCAUUUGAUGGCAACAAACUAUACUCUUCUGAAAUACUAUCGAUAUUACUUCAAAACAAUGACGAAAACAAGAAACUCUUUGGUGAGACCAAUGGUGUCGAUACUCUGCUUCGAGUCAUAGCUUACUAUAAAAGACACGACCCAUCUAUUGGUGACGAACAAGAAUAUGUUGAAAAUUUGUUUAAUUGUUUAUGUUCUUCAUUGUUAUGUUGUUCAUCAAAUAGAGAUCUGUUCUUCAAAGGCGAAGGCAUCGAAUUAAUGAAUCUAAUAUUAAGAGAGAAACGCAAAAAAGGAUCCAAUAGUUGUGUAAAAGUUGGAUCACUUAAAGUAAUUAAUCAUUGUUUAAGUUCAGACAAGAGUAAUGAAGAAAUGAUAGACAUGUGUUGUAAUAAGUUUGUGGAAAUACUUGGCCUCCGAGUAUUGAUGCCUAUCCUUAUGAAACCCAAAUCAAUUGUUAGCAAUAAGAAAGAGUUGACUUCUAUUGAUGAGGUUGAGGAGCAUUGCCUUUCCAUAAUAGUAGCACUACUGACACAUUGUAAAACAGAUCUUAAAAGAAGAGUUUUAGCUAAGUUUAGUGAAUUAGACUUUGAAAAGACCGAUCGUCUCAUUGAAAUGCACUUCAAGUAUUCCGAACGACUCAUCAAAUGUGAUUCGUUGAUAAAAAAAGAAAGGGCUUUGAAAAUGAUUAACGAAGAAACCAUAGAUGAAGACGAGUUCUUCAUGAGAAGACUCACUGACGGAGGAUUGUUUACUCUUCAGAUUGUUGAUCACAUCAUUCUUCUCAUAUGUUCUCUUUAUGACGAUAUGUUGGAAUCAAUGGCCACCGAAAAAGGUGAACAAAACAAUAGCACUUCAAAUAAAGAGACGAUAAAAUCACGUGUAAUGAAGUUAAUUAAUUUGCACGCAAUUAGUUCAGUAAAUCAUUAUAAAUUUAUUAAGACUAUUAUGAAAAACUUUGCCAAUGAACGCGAUGAACAUCAAAAACAAUUGAUUUUAAAACUUGUUCAAGAAUUUUAA